GCCUCCGCUUAUAUUUCUUUCUUGACGCGGCUAUGCUAUUCACGUUCCACUCUGCGUUGCUAUCUUAGUAUCUAUACCGUACGACUCUAUGCUAAACUGAAUAGAGCGUCUGCAAGGCUCUGGACUUACCCGAGGAGUCGAGGAUUUAUAUCCUGAUGCGAAUGUACUCACGCAUGAUACCUACUUCCGAUAUCUUCCACGUAAUUUUGGACAUGGAGUGGAAAUUUGCUCAAUAUUCAUGAAUGAAGCGCUUACUGACUCCUGUGUCGUCUCAUCAGCAUUCUAAGAAUCCAGGAACAUUGGAGAUUUCUUCUUCAAUUGACCUCUCCGUGAUGUGUGCUUCAUCUACAUUUGUUUUCACGCUAGGCUAUGCCACUCGAGCCUGCUUCCAUCUAUGCAGACCAUAUCAAACUGAACAAAGCGUCUAAUCAGUUGGAUCCGCUCGAUUGUGACGUCCCGAGCCCCAGCACUUUCCUACAGCGGACCAUAGAUACGUCGACCUCAAAUGAUAUUUUCCAUUAAACUUAUUCGGCUCUGGAGAACCUCCGCCCUUCCCUCGUUCACUUGAUAGAGCGGGUUCAUAUGCAGUACAGAGUGUGCACAGGUUAAUAAAGUUACCACAAAGGUCGUAAUUCUUGGUAUCCCAGAGCCCUUGAUCGCCGGUGAUCGUCUCCAUUCACUCUCGCUGAGUCCCGGGCAGGAACGAGUUGCCAGGGAUCAUUGGAAUUCGAUUCAGCCACUUGUUCACAGAGGUGCAGCCGCUCGUCUACGUGGUACCUGUCCAAAUUUGGGCGAUUCUCUCAAACUCAACAUCACCCCAGAACGAGCUUUCAUUUCAAACACAAUCUAUCAAUCAACGUAAUGCCCUCAGAGAAAAAGAAGAUUGCGUAUCGCACUCCUCUUUGUCGUCUACCACCAUGUCUGGCCUGGUGCAGUACAAUUUCACAAUAGAUGACACCAGUCCUAUCCUCUUUUACUCGCCAUAUGCCGAUACUGGAGGUGUAAUUGGCCGAGGUGAUGGCCUCCGCAACGCCUGGCAAACCUGGUAUACAGUCUCGGGGUUUCUUCCCAAUCGAGAUGGACCUUCCACAGAAGGCGAGUCUUAUCACUUGACUUCUGCACCAGGAGCUUCUGUAUCUCUGUCUUUCUAUGGCACUGGGGUAGUUUUGUACGGAAUGUCAAACUGCUCAUACGACAUAAUUUUCGAUGGGAACUUUAUUCAGGAUGCAACGCCUUUCCAAAACGUUUUAUUUGCCGCUUCAGACGAAGCACCCGGGUUCCACAAGGUAUCCUUGAUUGCAAAACCCAAUAGUAAUGAUCAGAUACUCAGCUUUAAUAGUACUGUCAUCAUGUCAGUCGCAAAUUCUAGCGCGUCUUCUACACCAGUCUACGAGACUAUCGACAAUCAGAACACGAGUGCGAUUGCAUAUGCAGGUGACUGGUCGCCGACCGUAACGGUCCCCAAAGUACCCACUACUGCUUCGCCAGCUCCAUAUCACGAUACGACAGUGGCUAGCGCAUCUGCCUCCUUUAAUUUCACGGGAAGAGCUGUGGCCUUAUACGGCUCCUCUACCUCAAACCAUGGUCCAUACACUGUCACUUUAGACGGCACGAAGAGCCUUUUCAAUGGAAGCUCACAAUGGCUGCUAGGAAAUAUGUUGCUGUUCUAUCAAGAUGGCUUAGAAGAGGAUUCCACGCAUUCACUCAGUAUUAUGAAUGUUGGUAGCGACCCCACUUCCAAUGCGCUUUCCUUAAACUCUGUACAAAUUACGCACUUAAACGAUACCCUUGCAGGGCAGGCAAAUACGGGAGGGACCCACAGCACUUCAAAGUCAAAAGUAGGGGUAAUUGUAGGACCAGUCGUAGCCUUUUUCGUGGUCGCUAGUAUGAUCGGCUUUUACGUUCGGUCGAAACGUCAAACAAAGCGCAAGCCAAUGAGGAGACGCUCAUCAGCUGCAUCUUUCAUCUUUUCACCACGGAGGUUCUGUCACGAGCACGACGAGCACGACGACUCGAUUACUCCAUACGUUGCUGACGUUAGAGAUCCGAGACGCGAUAUUGGUGCUUCUUCAGAGUCAUCGUCGCUGCAAUUACGUCUUACGGGACAUCACCAUGGAAUAGGCCGUGCAAAGGACAGGAAAGGUCGACCCCUUCCUAUUCCUGCAGGUGUACCACAGAAUAUCAGAGGUACUGACUCGUCAGCAUCUGCUGAUGCCCGAUCUGCACAGUCCGUUCCGGUGACAUACCUGCCCAGUGAACUGCGUGCUUCACGGAGCGAGGGUGCUGGAUCACAUAUCAAUUCUCGUUCGCUCAGACGUUCGCCGGCAGCUUCGGAGAGCGUCUCUCACAAUAUAUCCGACGAUCCUUCCGUAGUGGGCCGAAUAGUCGAGCUAGUCGCACAGCGGAUAGAUGCACAACGGGUGGAGGGGAGCGGCUCAGCACCUGAUUCUUCUAACCAAUUGCCCCCUUACAGUGAAGGCGUGUAG